AUGGAUAUUGGAGAUUUAGGUCCAUUAGGACAAGUUGGAUGGUAUAUUCCUAAUUGGAUGGCUAUAGAUAAUCCACUGAGCUUGAAUUAUCGAUACUAUCGUACAGUGAAUGCUACACGUUACAUUAGUGGAGCAAAAACUUGGGUCAACUUUGAUGAGCAGGUUAUUAAAAAUCUGAAAUUGAAUCUCGUUUUGGAAUAUCCUCCUCAGAAUUACACUGAGAAGUUUCUGAUUCAAGAGUUGAGAAAUGCAGAACGGGAGAGAAAGCAGCUGGUUUCCUACUUUUUCACACCUCAUCAAUUAUUCAGUAGACCUAAUGCUCCACAACGUGUGACACUUCCACCAUUUACUGCAGAAUGUGUAUCACCUCACAAUGUGGAGAAUAAUUUGGUGGAUUGUGAUUUUGCCAUGACUACUUACAGUAAACUGCAAACUAGGGCAGUGUUGAGUUUUCCUGAAAAAGUGCAAAACUUUUUGGAAAGGAUGAAACUGACGAAUGCUGACCAGAUUGAACUGUUAGGCUUAGUUUCGUAUGAUAAAAUGUCGAAAGAGGAUGCUGCCUGUACUUGGAUUUUGAAAGGCAAUAAUACAGAGAGAUGGAAGAGUUGGAUUUCAGAGCCACCUUUUCAACCGGAGAAGAGUAAUGCCUUUAUUAUUUCAAUGACUGUUGUGGGGUUUACACUUGCUAUUAUACUAAUUGGUUUUUGUGUUUUUUGCUGUGGAUUUUGCAUUCGAAAGAAUUCGAUUAGAAAGAGAGAAAAUAGAUUGGCCCCAAAAGCACCACCUAUUUGCAUUGUUUUCACUCAUAUUCAGAAUGCUUCACUGUUGUGGACUUUGGAUUCAGAUUUGAUGAAGAAAGUUGUUACCAUUCAUCACAAAAUUGUUCGAGACAAUAUUCGAAAGUUUAAAGGAUAUGAAGUGAAAACUCAAUCAGACAGCUUUAUGAUUGCCUUCAGUGACCCAAUAGAAGCAAUUGGUUGUUGUUUUGCUAUUCAGAAUGAUUUGUUGAAAGGAAAUUGGACACCUGAAAUGUUGGAAUUUCCAGACAUGAAAGAAGUCAAGUGGAAUAAUGAAAUUAUUUACAAAGGACCAAGAGUUAGAAUGGGCCUUCAUUAUGGCAGUGAAGUGGAAGCUCAUUUUGAUCCAACCACCAAGAGAUAUGAUUACUUUGGCACGACGGUCAACCAAGCAUCUAGAACUGAAAAUCAAGCUCAAGGAGGAAGAAUUUACAUUUGCUCAAAUAUUCACGACCACCUAAAGCAUCAAAUGGGAGGAGCUUCUCGUUGCAAUAUUUGCAUGGAUAAGGGGUUUCCCAUUCAUAAGGAUCCAAUCUUUCAAUUCAAACAAUUGCUUUACUCUGGAAAAAUCCAAUUCGAAAAUAUGGGAAACUUUAUUUUGAAAGGAUUGGAAGGUAAUCACACUUUGUUUUGGAUUAUGGAUACAACUUCCCCUCGAACUUCCUACAUUCAACAAUUCGAAUUGUUGCCUCAUGUUAGAAUUGACUCUGGAUUAUCAGUUCCAUUGUUGAGAGAGAAAAUUGAUAAGGAACGAAUGGAAUUGAAACAAUCGUGUGCAUCAUGUAUAAGUGAUCCAUCGAAAUGGAAUGAAAAUGAGAAGAGUAAACUUCUGCAUAGGCUUGUAUUGUGGAAUAAUGAUACCGAAGAAGAAAAGGAUGCAUGGACUGAAUUGGAAUUGAAGCAUCUCAUACCAAUUGUCAUCUCUCAUUAUCUUCCUGCUGAAAUGGAUAACAUUGUUUCAGAUAACAAAGAAUAUGCAUAUGAAGAUACAAUUAUCCGUCCAGAUAACAGGAAAAGACGAAAUAGUGUCGCUCAACCCUGUAGAAAAGAGUCGCUUUCUUCUUCUAGUUCUAUCGCAGUAAUGUCAUGCCCUGAAGAAUUGAUUCAAUCUGGAGCAUAA